GGUCGAAGGCAAACAGUAGUUGCCAUGAAAGAAGAGUUUGAGGAGGAAGCGCCACCGCAGCUCCCGAAAGUCCGAGGCCGCCAUAUAAAGAAGAGGGCCCUGAAGAACAAGGCGCUCGCCGUCUCUUUCAACGAGAAGGAUCUCAGAGAUUACGUGACUGGGUUUCACAAGAGGAAGAAGAAACGGAGAAAGGAAGCUCAGAGGAAACAGGACGAGGCCCUACGCCGCAAGCGCAUUGAGGAGCGCAAAAAGAGAAAACUAGAAAGAGAACUUGCCUUAUAUGGUGGAGCUCCACCAAGCACUGGCUCAGAGCCAGAUGAAAGUGAUGGGGUAGUUGAGGAGGAAAAUGAAGGAGAGGCAUUUGCAUCAGUUGCUGAUACAACAACUUAUGAUAAUGGCAACGUGACUGUCACUGUGACAACUAGGGAGAUUUCACGUGAGGAAGGAACAUUUGCUGGGGAAAAAAGACAUUCAAACAUGUCCAAAUUAGCUGAAGCCAGUAGAAAGCACAGCCGACCUGUGAGUAAAUCAUUCAAGAAAGUUGCAAAACACAAAACGCAACCGAAACCACUUAAGAAAAGGGACAAAAAGAAAGGCAAGAAGAAGAACAGAAAAACACAUUAACUACCAUGAGGACCAUGUUUGAAAUUAUGGUUCAUUUUUUGGUAUUUGUUCCUUUCCAUUUGAGUGAUGUAACAUAGCUUUAAUAAGCCACCAGUUGAGUUAUUCUUGGUUACAUGCUGUGUUCUAUUGUUUUGAUGGCCAAGUAAUCUAUAUUUGACCAAAUUUUAUCAU